CUGUUUUGAGGUUAUGUAUUGUCGAAAUGAUGUAAUAGUAGCCUUUCCCAUGCUGUUUGGUAUUACUAAAUUAUAUUUUUAGCUUUUUCAAAGCUACAUUUUGAUAAUUUUUUGUGUUUUUUAGUUUCUGAAAAUGUUUAAAUUAAGCCAGUUACGUAUUCCCACUUUUAUUUACCAACGUGCCAGUAAUCAUUUGAAAGUUUCAAGAAAUAAUUUGCUAUCACCGGUGCUGCCCAAGUUACUAUUCCAACAUGAUAUACGAAUUAAUGUUCAUAAUACAUUAUGUGAAAGUGAAAAAAGAAUGGAGCGCCUAUCGCGCCAUAUUGACUUGAUAAAGUCGUCCCUAAAUAUAGAUAAGAAUAAAAUUAUUGUACCAACCUUCAGAAAUAUCAGAAAAAUUGGUGGUAUUAGGUCUCGACGAAAAGAUGCAGCAUUUCAGUGUUCUGUAUCUAUAAAUGUUCCAUCUGUCAUCAGUGUCAAAGCUUGCGGCAAGGGACUUACCAAAGAGCUGGCUAAAAAGUCAGCUAUUGAUGUAUUCAUUCGGACGACUUCGUAUUAUUCUUCAAAAUCUAGUACCAGUAAUGGAAGACUUGCACAAUCGCAAAGACGGACCUUGGCUGUUCAAAGUCAUUACAGUGCGGUUGGAGUGAACGUUCUCAGAGAACUUCGCAGACAGUAUUCUCAGAAUGCAACUGAAACCAAAGUCCCGGAACAGCAGAAAACUGUUGCUUCUACUGGCUUGCAGCGCCGUGAUUCGGAGGAAUCAUCUGUUACCAAAGAGGAAGAGGACAGAACUGUCCAUCACGAUGACUCAACAUUUGAUCAAUCGUACAAAGAUCUUUUAAGAGUUUACCCUCAGCCAACGAGUCGUCUAAAAAACUUUUUCGACGUUUUUGAAAAAAACCUUGGUAAAAAGAUGUGUAAAACUUCAAGCAAACUGAAUAAAUCACGUGCUUGGGAGUAUAAGUACAAAGUUGAUUGGCCGGAACCGGCCGAGUUCGUUGGCGUUUCAGCCUCCAAGAAGGAAGCCGCCAGAAGAGGUGCUCUGCAAGUCCUCAAAUGGCUCAAGGAUCUGGGAAAGAUUGAUUUGAAAGGAAAUCUAUUUACCGUUAACCGGAAAGAGUUUCUAAGAGAGGAGAACAAGAAGCCAUUAGCCACUAUAAGACUGAACGAAGACUUUGUCGAUGAAACUGAAUGGCUGAUGCAAGAAUAUGAUCAGGUAUUUUCGGGACCAAUUCAAGAAGCAAUCUCACAGUGGGAUAGCACAGAGAUGCCUUUCAAUUUUGAUACUGGAUCACAGAAGCGUAAUUUUUCUGAAUCAGAAUCGGUCCUAGAAAGAAGAAACAGAGAUUUGCUAUUAUCGUUGGAAAAUCGAAAACAGUCGAAUUCAGAAAAACUAAAGUUACCGAUCACCGAGUACGGCGCACAGAUAGUGGAUCUCGUGAGAAAGAACCCUGUAGUUGUCAUCAAAGGAGAGCCGGGUUGCGGCAAGAGCACACAAGUGCCGCAACUGAUAUUCGAAGAUUACACUGAGAGAAUGGAAGCAACGAAAUGCAACAUUGUUGUGACUCAGCCGCGCAAGAUCUCUGCCAUCUCAAUUGCAGAACGAAUCGCUGACGAAAGAUACGAGGAGUUGGGCAAUGUUGUCGGCUACCAAGUAAGAAUGGGGUCUGUGCUUCCAAGAUUCAAUGAUGGAUAUAUCAUACUUUGUACUCUAGGAGUGAUGCUUAGAAAACUGCUUUCUCCGGAUGGAAUGAGAGGUAUAACCCAUCUGAUUAUCGAUGAGGCCCACGAGCGUGAUUUGAAUACAGAUAUUCUGCUGCUCCUGUCGAAAAGAGCGAUAAAGAACAAUCCUGAUUUGAGAAUUGUAAUAAUGAGUGCCACCAUCAAUCCCGAACUGUUCCAAAAUUAUUUCAACAAUGCGCCUUCUCUCCUUGUUCCUGGCUUCACGCAUCCAGUCACGUCACGGUUUUUGGAUAGAGCGAUGCAAAAAGAACUAGGCCUGACGGCAGCCAAGUUGAAGAAAGGAUCCGACCAACAGCCAGACAUCGAUUCACGUGUGAUAGCAAAGGCGGUGCAUUGGGUGGCCGCGAACCGGCCACCGGGAGCCAUCCUGGUCUUCCUGCCCGGAUGGGACACGAUCAGCAAGGUGCGCGACGAACUGGAGGGUCAUCCGCGGUUGGCAGUGUUGCCAGUUCACUCGCGACUAUCGCACGAUGACCAGCGACGCAUCUUCCAGAGGCCGCCGGCCGGCAGACGCAAGGUGGUGCUAGCCACUAAUAUAGCCGAGACCAGCAUCACCAUCAAUGACGUCGUCUAUGUCAUCGAUUCGGGACUUCUCAAGGAGAAAAGGUUGAACUCGAGAGACGGAAUGUCGUGCCUGGACAACCAUUGGGCGUCGAAAGCAAGCGUGAUCCAGCGCAAGGGGCGAGCGGGUCGAGUCCAGCCGGGCGAGUGUUACCAUCUCUACAGCCAGCACAAGUUUGACUCUCUCGACGAGUUUCCAAUGCCAGAGGUGCACAGGAUUCGCCUGGAAAUGGUCGUCCUGCAAUCAAAGACAUACAGUGGUCAUGAAGAAGCUGAACAGUUCCUGCGUCAACUUCCGGAGCCUCCCAGUGUUUCUGUGAUUAGAGAGGCGGUGAAAACCCUCCAGUUUAUGGGAGCUCUGGACAUGGAGGAGAACCUGACUGCACUUGGCCAUAGGAUAUCAGUAUUCACAACUCACCCACUCAUAUCAAAGGCUCUUGUCUACUCAUACUUUUUCAAAUGUGUGAACCCGCUUAUAACGAUUGGUACCAUCAUGUCAUCCGAGAGAGAUCUAUUCCCGGGGAUGGGCGUGGACAAGAGUCUCAUAAGGGUUGGCAAGGCCAGGUUCAGCCCUUCGAGUGACCACCUGGCCAUGGCAUGGCUUUUCCAGCAGUGGUCCGAGUACCAGACACGCGACGAACGUCGAGCCAGGAGUCUCAUGGAGGAGAUGCUUGGCAACCACAAUGCUUUCCUAUUCAUCCAACAACUGCAAUUGUUGGUAGCAGAUCAUCUAAGACAAUGUAACAUUACACCCAAGUCCAGUUUAUUAUUCAACAAGCGGGCGGAAUGCAAUGAGUUUGCAGUUAAUGACGAACUGAUAAAGGGUGUUUUCCUGGCUGGUGUGGGCAACCUCUUGAUCCAUAAAAAGUACCAGAUCAAGAAAGGGAUGUUGAAGAAAUCGUCGUCACUUGUUACUAUGAAUGGCAAUACUGCGAUGAUCACAAGCGAAAGUGUCAAUCAUAAACGCUCAGAUUUUCCUUCGCCGCUGACUACUUAUUUUCAAGAAAUGCAUUCGGCACAGAUGAGAAUUGCUAUGAUUAGAGAAACUAGUAUUGUCUCGCCAUUGACUGUAGCCCUCUUUCAGCCUGGAAUUCUUACAACAAUGAAGCCCAUUGAAGAAAACAAGAACGCUGCCGGUGAUGUAAUGAUCCAGUUGAGGAGCAAGAAAAACCUCAAUUUCUCAUGUGACAUGAGAACUGCAAAAGCAAUAAUGAAACUGCGACGAGCUAUGUGGGAUGUGAUGGGUUACUUCGUGAUGGAGUGUGGGAAUCCUCGCGACCCACAACUUUACAGAGAUGUGAACAUUUUCCACGAAAAAGUUCUCAUCCUUCUCAACAAAAUGCUACUGGAAGCUGGUACCAACAUAGACUACGACGAGGAUGGCAACUUACGGAAGGUUGUGACUAAAAAACAUAAUUAGUGUUACUAGAAUGUUACUGUGAUCUCAAGUUAGUUUUUGAUUUAUGUUCUUGUUUAUGACAAACAAUUGUCACAUAGUGACAAUCUUACUUGUAGUAUUGUCAGACAACUUCUUAGGCCUAAUUUAUGUAUAAUUGAAGUUGAAAUUUUCAAUUUAUAGCUUUUGUGUAUUGUAUCAAGAUAUCCUUCUAAUUCUUUAUUGUUUUGUUCAUAAGCUUGUGAACAAAUAUUUUGUGAUCUAUGUUUUUCUUUGUUUGACACUAGAUUUUUUAUGUGUCAUGUAGCUUCUUCUUAUAGAAGACAUUGUAUAGAUCGUAAGCAUACAAGAUGUGACUCCAUUCUUAAAAUGACAUGUUGUAUGCCACUUGUGCACUGCUCAGAAUUUGUGGCUUCACACAAAAAAAUAAUAAUUAUUAUUAUAGAAUGACAAUGAAUAAACAUCAUGUUAAGAAAUAGAAAAAUCAUUCGUAAUGACAAAAAAACGUAUAACGUUACUGGUACUGUACAUGAUACAGUAAUAAAUCGUUAAACUCUUCAAAAUUAGAAAAAUAUACAGGAUGGGUGAAAAGUCCGAGAACGGCUUAAUAUCUCAUACACAAAGAUAAUUUGACGGUGGGUGUGAUUGGGAAUUCUACUCACAUUGAAGAAACUACAUUACUAUGACUUUAAAAAUCUGAUCCGCCAUAUUGAAU